AAAAAGGACAUAUCUGCCACGCGGAGUGGUCGGCCGUCGCCGGCCCGAGCAUCCACGUUGCCUUCCCGAACGGGGCGAUUCCUUUGUCUCCUGCCAUGACUGCCGACUGGCUGCCGGCCUCUAUCAGCGCUCAACAUAUGUCGACUCGUGCGAAGACCAGCCUGACGACGAAUGCUCGGACCAGUGAACAAGACCGUCCGAACAAUAAGACUUGCGACAGCGUCAGAUGACCCCUGGCGCAGAAGCUGUAUAUAAGGCCCUUGCAUCACUGCGCCCUUAUCUGCACCUUCGAAAGCUGCGUUUCCCCCUCCCUCGCCGCAGCCCCUCUGUGCCCUCUGCCUUCGUACCUAUCAAGCGCGCGCAAAUUCGAUAGUGCCUACCAUGGACAGCGACCUGACACCCUCUUCCGCCUCGCAAUCGGCGGGCCUGAAGAUUCGUCUGCCCGCCCGCAAGGACUGGCCGAGCAAUCAGCCUCGGAAGAUCGCGGGUGGUUCGCGUGUGCAACGCGCGAUGCAGGUGCGGAGUCAGCCUGCGGCUGAGCAGCUCAUUCCGCGGAAUCGCACCGUCGUCCCCGUACACUUCGAGUGCGGGAGUCGGCGCGCCGCAAACGCCUCCAGUGCAUCAGCAAGCAUUCCCCUCAUCGCUUCAUACUUCCCUUGUCCCUUCGUGGGGCACAGGAACCGCUGCGUCUACUACCUGGGGAUCAACGUCUUCCUCUCCGUCCCCGUCGAGCACGUCCUCGACGUCGAGCUACGGAGACGACAUCAAGCGCGCGCCACUCGAUUUGCCACUCAAUCAGGACAAGGAAUGUUCGCACUAUCGAUCAGAUAUCAACUGGGUCUUCCCGCCGACCAUAAAUUUCAACAACUGCAAGAAGUCCUCGAAGACCUUCGCACCCGCGACGUCAAGCAAGCUCGCACAAAGGAUCUCGUCAAGGAGGCUCUGGACAUCUUAAGGAGGCUCGAUCCCUUUUACUUUCUACGCUGUGAGCCCCCAACACCCGAGGACCUGUCAUACGAACAGUUCUGGACUGCGUCGCAGGCUAAUGCGCAAGAUCGCAUCGUUGCGCCGAUUCUGGCCUUGCUCAGCUUGCGCAAACUGGCCGACCGCCCUGGGCUACGCUCUCUCUGGGUCUUUGACGACACGGCGUGGAUCCGCAUGUUUGAAUGGAUCGAGUACUUGCUCGUCUUCCCCCACCGACAUGAAACAGACCUCAUGGACCCCGCGGAUUGUCGGGCCCUCGUCCUUUCGCACGUGGCCCCAUCCCUCAAGGAGAUCGUCGACAGCUUCUACGAGCUGUCAAACGCCCGACUCGAGGGUAUCCUUCUCAUUGCCGAAGCUCGAGCCCAGGAGAUCCUGGUCGACAUGUGGCUCAAAUGGCGAACGAUCGCGCUCACGCUCGACCGCCCGGGCGGCGAAUAUUUUCGAGCGAUCUUGCGCUUCACGAAUGACUGCGUCGGCGGCGUCAAGGGCGAGAAGGUCCGACAACUCUUCGUUCACGAGCUCUCACGCAUCAACUUCUAUCUCCCGCGGCGGAUUUACUGCGAGAUGACCUACCAGGUCGCGUCCCUGCUGCACCGCAGCACAGUGGAGCCCGAACUCGAGGACGAGAUCUGGGCGCUGCACACGGCCAUGAUGUCCUCCCUGAUCGAGCUCGCCGAAUUAAGCGCGACUGGCUACCCUCAACGCAUGACGCGGACCCUCGCACAAGGCCUCUUUAUGGUGCUCCUGCAACCGCGCAACAGCUGUAUCCUGAAGGGUCUGCUCGAGAUACUGUUCGCCAUCUGCCGCCUGUCGACCGACGCGUCUGCGAUCACCUGCGCGAUACGGCAUCGGGUCUUCUACAUCCUGAUCCAGCUGGAAAAGCUCGGGCUCGUCGACGUGCAGCCAAUGUUCGACCUGGUUGCGGGCGCGCUUGUGACCCCCGCGGCGCUGAGGGCCUUCCACAACGCUUUCCGGCUCGUCUCACGCUCCGAUCGUCAAUCUCUCCGAGAUAGAGUCGCGCACAUCGUCGUUACAUAUACCGAACGCUACAAGCUCAUCGAGGCGUGGGAAAAGGAAUGGCCCGAGCUGCAGACCUGCAGGAGACGAGAGUGCCCCAAUCCGGAAUCCACCGACCUGCGCGCUUGUCCAUGCGGGGAAGUCCUCUUCUGCUCGGAGGAAUGUCAGAGGGCGAACUGGACGGAUGGCCAGCAUGGGACCGUCUGCUGGCGCGGCAAGGAGACCGCAGGGUCGCUGAGCGCCAAGAAGCUCUCCUUCCUCGUCGCCAUCGCGCGUUUCUACCUAGAAGAAAACCAGGCGGAGAUCAAGCAGCGCCUCGGGGCCGCGUACAACCCGCACCACACCGUCAGUCUCAGUCUGGAUAUCACUUUGGCGCAGGAGCGGUGGAUGAGUCCCUUCUCGGUGCCGGGGCCGUAUCCCGACGCCCCCCAGACGUUCUUCAUGGCGGUGCACUUUAUGCAGGGCGCGCGUCGGUGCGCGCGCGCCCUCCAGUUCUUCCCGGAUUGGUGGGCGGGCAAGUCUCGCGGCAUGCCGUACGUUCAGUUAUCGCAUAGCUUCUUUAAGACGGGGCUUCCAGUAGAGGAAAAUCUCACGCCCCGGGAACGUUUGUUUGGCAGGCGCGCAGAGCCUCGCACUGAAGAUGCCGAGAGCGAGUGAGCUAUGCAGUCUCUUCACAGCCUUGCUUCUGGCAAAUUUCAUCGCACAGACUGGCUGCCAAGAGCCAAGCGACGCUACAGCCUAUUGAAAUCCUUGACUUGGAUUGAGAGUACGGCUCCUGCCCAGCAAAGCGUGAGUGCCCGUAGAGGCGUCCAUAUAUAUGC